AUGCUUUUCCCUAAUAUGAUUUUUUUCUUGAACGACCUCCUGGCAACCUUGUUGGUGGAAAAUGUUCGGUUACUUGAUCGUUUAUCUUCAAGAAAAGCUGCACUGGGAACCUUGUAUUUAACAGCUACCCAUGUCAUAUUUGUGGAGAAUGGUUCUGAAACUCGUAAAGAAACCUGGGUUCUUCACAGCCAGAUUUCCUCUAUUGAGAAGCAGGCCACCACUGCCACUGGUUGCCCGUUGCUGAUCCGCUGCAAGAACUUCCAGGUCAUCCAGCUGGUCAUCCCUCAGGAACGAGACUGCCAUGAUGUUUACAUAUCUCUGAUACGUCUGGCACGACCAGUGAAAUAUGAAGAGCUGUAUUGUUUCUCAUUCAAUCCAAAAUUAGAUAAAGAAGAACGAGAACAAGGCUGGAAGCUUGUGGACCUCAAUGAAGAAUAUAGUCGGAUGGGUAUUCCGAACAACUAUUGGCAGAUUAGUGAUGUAAACAGAGAUUACGGAGUCUGUGACUCCUAUCCUACAGAAGUGUAUGUACCAAAGUCUGCGACUGCACACAUCAUAGUGGGGAGCUCUAAAUUUCGGAGCCGAAGGCGUUUCCCAGCUCUUUCCUACUACUGCAAGGAUAACAAUGCCUCCAUAUGUAGAAGCAGCCAGCCUUUAUCUGGCUUUAGUGCUCGAUGCCUUGAGGACGAACAGAUGCUCCAGGCCAUUAGAAAAGCAAAUCCAGGAAGUGAUUUCAUAUACGUUGUUGACACUCGGCCCAAACUCAAUGCAAUGGCAAACAGAGCAGCAGGGAAGGGAUAUGAAAAUGAAGACAACUACUCCAACAUCAAGUUUCAAUUCAUAGGCAUUGAGAACAUCCAUGUCAUGAGAAAUAGUCUGCAGAAAAUGCUUGAAGUUUGUGAGCUGAAAUCGCCUUCAAUGAGUGACUUUCUCUGGGGCCUAGAAAAUUCUGGCUGGCUGAAGCAUAUCAAAGCCAUUAUGGAUGCUGGCAUUUUUAUUGCAAAGGCUGUGGCUGAGGAAGGUGUGAGUGUGCUUGUUCACUGCUCUGAUGGCUGGGAUAGGACAGCCCAGGUUUGCUCUGUAGCGAGCCUUCUAUUGGAUCCAUAUUACAGAACUAUGAAGGGUUUCAUGGUGUUAAUUGAAAAAGACUGGGUUUCCUUUGGUCACAAAUUUAACCACAGGUAUGGCAAUUUAGAUGGAGAUCCAAAGGAGAUAUCCCCUGUUAUUGACCAGUUCAUCGAGUGUGUUUGGCAAUUAAUGGAACAGUUUCCUUGUGCCUUUGAAUUCAAUGAGAGAUUCCUCAUCCACAUACAGCAUCAUAUCUAUUCUUGCCAGUUCGGGAAUUUCCUGUGUAACAGCCCAAAGGAGCGACAAGAGCUGAAAAUCCAAGAACGAACAUAUUCAUUGUGGGCUCACUUGUGGAAAAAUCGCCCCGAUUACCUGAAUCCUUUGUACAGGUCAGACCACAGUCAAACCCAAGGGACCCUGCACCCACAGAUGGCUCCAUGCAACUUCUUGUACAAGUUCUGGAGUGGUAUGUACAACCGCUUUGAAAAGGGGCUGCAUCCUCGACAGUCAGUCACUGAUUAUCUGAUGGCAGUGAAGGAAGAAACUCAGCAGCUGGAAGAAGAGCUGGAGGUCUUAGGAGAGAGAUUGGCGAAUCUUCAGAAAUCACAAUUAAAUGAUAAUAAAUUCAAGAGUAAGCCACAAGACCGAAGCAAACAGUUAGGGCUUUCUACUUCCAACAACAGCUUAGCUAACACUCCCCAGGAGUAUAGCAACGAUCUGAAAUCAUUCCCAUCCCGGAGCCCUUCACAAGGGGAUGAAGAAGAUUCAGCCCUGAUUUUGACGCAGGACAACCUGAAAAGCUCUGAUCCCGACCUCUCAGCUAACAGUGAUCAGGAGUCUGGUGUGGAGGACUUAAGCUGUAGGUCCCCAAGUGGGGGUGGCUGCUUGCCUAGCGAAGACAGUGGCAAGGAUUCAGAUGAGGCUGUAUUUCUGGCAGUCUGAAAUACCUUCACAACAGCAAGGAUCCAGAUGAAGUUGAGUCUGUCACAGUCUGGAAUCACAACUUUUCAUCAGAUGAAGAAUGGGAGUGGUUUGUGGCCUAAAGAAAUAAUCCAAAGAACGGGAACUGUGCAAUUGUGUAGGAAAAGAUCUAAGCAGAACAAGCCAUUAUUAGUUUUAAGACAUAAUGCUAAAGAAAGGUAAUAUUUGCUGUUACAUUUAGUUAAGCCAAUGUUGUGUUUGUUUUAACUUUAUCAAUGCUGUACAUUAUUCCUUACAUUGUACAUUUCCAUAAUUAUUUAUUGUACAAAAUACUAGUUCUUCUCCAAAGACAUGAAAUUCCAAAGUACUCCCUUAGUCAUAGGGACAAGGUUGAAGAUUCAUUAGUGUUAGCUUUACUGGUGAAUCAGUCAAAACUUAUUUUUGUAGAGCUCUUUUGCUUCAGACUUACUGUGUAUAUUCUUCACUUUUUUUUUCAUGGGAGGUGUUAAAUUUUGAAUUCCAACAAUUAUUUUGCAUAUUGUCCUACUAGAAUCCUUUACAGCAAAGUAAAGCUAACAAAUGGACAUGCUUGCUUAGGGGACAAAUGAAGCUUUGAUCCUGCAAAAAUAUCCUUUAGUAAGCAGCUGCUGCUGCUGCACGUGAAUGCAUCCCAUUGUACUCAACUCUCAACCAGUGUUGAAAGUUCAGUAGUUUCUGUGAGCAAAACUUCAAGGAGUGUAACAAUACUUACACAGCCUUUGUGGUAAAGCAUCCCUUUGUAAUGAAAGGUACAUUAGGCAGUAUACUCUAGCCUCUAUGUUUUGUUCUCCAGUUUGAUUGUUUAUACCUUACCCUUGUUCCAAACUGCCUACGUAAGAUAUAAAGGUAAAAUUUUAAAGGUAAUAAACCCCCAAAUUCUCCAACGUAUUUUGAUUCCUACUUGAAAAUGUUUUAUUUGAGUGGGAGUGAGGUACAUAUACAGUAGAGAGAAUAGGGAAUCCAAACCCACUUAUAAAAAUCACUUAUGAAAGUAUCACUCCAAAUUCAGAAUUAAAGGAACGUUAUGCCCAUAAAGGAACUGUUAUAAAGAGUAUUUCUUCUGAAUUUUAUUUCAAAAUAAACUAACCACAACCAAGGGUGGUUUUUUUUAUCCUCGCACAAAAUUUCCCUUUAGUAUUUGCCAACCAGAACAGAGCAUGGCAAUGCUAACUUAAGAAAAAGACUGAUUCACCACAACAGAAAGUUUGAUCGUCUGGUUUAAGAAUUUUCAUAGUUUUUAAGAGUAGGAGUAAUAGCUUUCAUAAUCAUAGGUACAGAAGUAAACCACUGAAAAAUGUUUUAAAUUUGGGAUGUUUUGAAACUCACUAAAAAGGCUUCCAUAUCAGGAGAUAAUUCUUCCAAGUUUGGGGUUUUUUUGUUGUUUUUUGUUAAUUAAAGCAAGCAGUUUACCUGCUCUUACCAGCUUGGAGACAAUGUGGUACUGAACUCCAGUAAAGCAAAGCGGUAGUAAUGUAAGUUUACUUUGACUGCAUUUCAUACUACUCCUUCAAAUACAGACUUAUGGGCAGAAUUAAAUUAUAUAAAUAUACCUCAAUUUAGAAGCUUUAGAUUUAUUAUUCAGUCUGCUUUUAUGGAACGGCUUGUCAUUCUGUUCUGUGAACUUACAUUAUUAAAAAUGAGUAGGUAAACUUCAGUAUUAUUAAUAUCCUCUUAAGGAAGCUGCUGUCUUUGAACAAAUAAUUCAAUUACUAACAGCAAGAUUUAUCUUAAUAUUAUACUGGAAAGGCCAGAUCCUCAAUUUAAUAGAUCACUGUAGCUCAACUGAAAUAAAUACAGCUAUAAUUUAUACUCUGUUGAGAAUCUAGCCUUCUGUUUUUUAAUCUUUAUGCAUUUUUAAUAAAUGAAAGCCCUGAUUUUAAUUGCACUUUUAAAAAUGUUUCAUAUUUUGAACAUAGCCUGUAAAAUAUAUGGUAUUAAAGGAGAUUUUCAAUGGGUUUUCUCAAACUAAAGAAACAUGCUGCAAAGUCAGCAAUGAAAACAAAACACACAAAUAUUCUGCCUAAAAAAAGUUUUAAAAUGGGCAAUAUUAUUGCACAUCUUUAAAAUGUAAAAUUGCGUAUGAUGGUACUGUGUCCUAUUAGACAUGUCUAGAAAUAAACGCAGAACAGCAAUAUAUGAAAAUUCAAAGCACUGUCUUCAUGUCGCUUAUGCAACUCCUUGUAACUAGCUUUACAACUAAAAUAUUAAGAUAUUAACAUUUUAUAUUAAGCCUUUACUUAGCAGCCCUCUGUGAUGUGUCCUUCCGUCCUUGGAAUUUUGCAUUAGCUACUACUGUUUUCAUUGUAAUGUAUGUAUUUGUGGCAUUAUUAGCCUGCUGAGAAACACUUUCAAAUAAACACUUAGGUCAUGUAGUGUUA